AUGAGCCCUUUGCCGCUCUGGGCCCCGUCGACUGGUCCGCCGUGCCCGCCGACGACCUGUCCUCCUUCCUCGCCGACACCUUCGCCUCGGCCCAGACCAUCAUCGACUCGAUCCCCGUGCCCCGCCCCCGUCCAGGCCGCCACCGCCGCCCGCCGCGCCCGCGCCCAGACAGACCCGCCCCAGCCCUCCGUCGCCCUCAACGCCGCCAUGGCCGCCCGCCAGUCCGGCGCCUCCAUCAGGACCGCCCAGGACCUCAUGAAGGAGUGGAAGGACGUCAAGGUCAACCCCAAGGACAACCCCCUCGCCAUCAACGUCUACAAGCUCGCCGCCAAGGACGGCCGCGGCAGCUGGUUCGCCCGCCGCAGCAUCCACGACGGCCUGCCUUUUGCCACCUGGAAGCUCGGCCUCGAGCGCGAGUUUGCCGAGAGCAUCAAGGUCCAGACGGGGCCCGGCGGUGGCAGCAUCCGCGGCAUCGGCGCCGACCAAAAGGUCGAGCAUCAUGUCGUCCGCGACGCCGGCAAGGCCGAAGUCUUCCAGCUGUCGGCCCAGUUCCCCGGCCCAACCACGCCGCGCGACUUUGUCACCCUGCUGCUCUCGUCCGACACCGCCGACACGAAACCCGUGCCCCACGGUGCCCCGCGCCCGCUGCGCACCUUUAUGAUCCUGUCAAGGCCGUGCGACCAUCCCCAGUGCCCGCCGCGCCAGGGCUACAUCCGCGGCCAGUACGAGUCGGUCGAGAUCAUCCGCGAGGUGCCCAGCGACAAGCCCAGCGCCAUCAAGAGGGCGCGCUCCUCCAUCGACGUUGGCGCCGACGGCUCGCAGCAGAGGCGGGCCGUCGCCGAGGACAUGAGCAGGGACGCCGUCCUGCGUGCCGCCACCAAGGUCGCCGCCAGCGACGAGAGCCGGAACCGCGGCCUCUCCGUGGACAGCGCGCCGGCACGAGACGACGCCGGGCACCACGUCGACGCCAUGGACGCCAUGGACGACAAGGACGACGACAACGACGACCAUGAUGCGCCGACGACCGUCGAGUGGCUCAUGGUCACGCGCAGCGAUCCCGGCGGCAACGUCCCCCGCUUCAUGAUCGAGAGGGGCACCCCUGGCGGCAUAGUGAGCGAUGCCAGCAAGUUCCUCAACUGGCUGACGGCCAAGGCCGCCUGCGACUUUGCCGACGAUCCCGCGCCGGCCAAGGAGGAGGGGGCCGCCGCCGCCGCCGCCGCCGCCGUCGAUGGUGCCAAGACGGACGCUGUGAAAGCCGAGGAGAGCAAGGCGACGUCAAAAUCGCUGCCGUCGACAGCGCCCACAGCCAAUCUCGUCCCCGACAGCGCGGCGCCGCAAGACACGAGUGGAGCAGGGGACCACAGCAAUGGCAUGGCCAGCAGCAACGGUCUCUACGGCAUGAUCUCGGGCGCCUUUGGCUACGCGACAGAAGCCAUGGCCGGUCGCCUUCCCGUCGGCCUGCCCGGCUUCUUCCAGAGCCAGCCCAACAGCAGCGACGAGACGCUGUCGUACAGAAACGCCCGCGACGAGGACGACUCGGACUCGCUCAGCACCAUCAGCGACACGUCUUCGGUGCGCUCCUUCACAUCGGCCAUGGAGCGCACGGAGAGCGCGCAGAACGCCCUGUCGGCCGAGGCGUUGCGCGACGACGCCGUGUCGACGCAGUCGUCCGAGUCGCGCAGCCUGCACGCGCCGCUGUCGCACUCAGCGACGCACCACGACAAGGAGCUCCGCAAGCUCCAGGAGCGGCGCCGCAAGAUGCAGGACAAGCUCGACAAGCUGCAGAGCCGCAUGACGGCCAAGCGCGCCGACGGCACGCAGUCGACGCAGCGCGACGAGGCGGCCGCCGCGCGGCUCCGCGAAAAGCACGAGCGCGAAGUGGCCAAGCACGAGGAGAAGUACCAGCGCGAGCUGCGACGGCUCGAGGAGAAGCGCGCACACGAUGAGCGCAAGGCCGAGGCGCGCCGCCGCAAGGCCGAGGAGCGCGAGCUCAAGGCCAACGCCGCCAUGGAGCUCGACAAGGUCCGCCAGCAGCGCGACCUCGCCCUCCACGAGGUCGAGCUGCUCAAGGCCCAGGUCGGCGAGCUGCAGGCCCAGAACACGCGCCUCGUCGCCGACAUGGGCAAGCUCGGCAAGGGCAUCACGGGGCUCCGCCGCCAGGACUCGGGAUGGAGCACAAAGUCGGCGGGUGUCCGGGCGCCCGACAAGGUACCGCAGGCCGCCGCCUCGUCGUAG